AGCCUCCAUUUCCCUCGUUAAGAUUUCUUUCCUUCCUUCCUUCUAUCUCUAGAAAGGGAACCGCUUUAGCUCAGAUCUCUCCCGUGAUCUCAAAUCUACACUACGACUACUUAGAGAGAUAUACAGAGAAGAGAAGGCUGUAUCUGUAUCUGUAUCGAACGACGACAAGGAAAAAGGAUGGCUUGCCGAAGCAGAGAGUUCUCCGCUGAAGAUACUGCCGCCUCCGCCUCCUUGAGUGAUAUCCUCCUCUUUACUACCAUGAGCAUCAUUGGAUUCCCCGUCGAUGUACACGUUAAGGACGGUUCAAUCUAUUCUGGAAUAUUCCACACUGCUUCCGUUGACAAUGGCUAUGGUGUUGUGCUGAAACAAUCAAGGAGGAUUAAGAAGGGAAAAUGUGACACUAAUGUUGAAAAAGAAGGUCUGAUAGAGACACUUGUCAUUUCAUCAGAUGAUCUUGUGCAAGUUGUUGCUAAGGAAAUUAUGAACCUGACUAGCAAUGAUUAUGGGAUUAGUAAAGCGGAUAUCAUUGGUGCUAUUAAUCAACCACAACCUGAAAGCUGUAAUAGAAAGAUAAAAGUAUUUAUCAAGGACAAUGUGGAGAACCUCGAGACUACUCAGACACCGAUUCAAGCUGAAACUGGGGUUAGAAGUGGUCUUAUGCCUGAAGUAAUAAAUGUGAGGAAUUGCUCGAAUGUUGAGAAUGGUGAACUAAGAACCGUGCAUUUUGGGAAGGACGAGGAAGCUUCUAAUCCUCUGCAUAAUGUGAGACAGGUUAAAGAUAUCAUAUCACAGGAAAAUGAGGUGGGUGAUGAGGGCAUCCUUUCUGCAAAGGAAGAUGCAUCUGGAUUACAAAGCUCAUAUUCAAGCCAUGAUUGCUUUACCCAGUCAAAUGUUGUUAAGGAAUGUCAAGUAACUCCAUCUGAGCUGGUACAAAAUAUAGCAUCCUCAAAUGGCAUUGCUUCAUCCACUAUCAAAAUGGAUACAAAAUUUCAAGAGAGGCCUACUCCACUAGACACUUCAUGUUUAAAUACUUCUUUGGAGGGUAACCCAGGAUAUUCUGUUACUUCGUCUACAACUUCCAGCACAUGUGCCCCUCAGAAAAUAUCAAGUUUAAAUACUAAGGAAUUUAAACUUAACCCCGGGGCAAAGGUAUUCUGUCCAUCUUUCUCAAACCGAAGAUCAGUAGCACCUCCUCCUGCAGUAGCAGCAACAACAAAUAUCGCUUACAUGCCAGACAACUUUCCUUUGAUACAAGUUGUUGCAGCAAAACCAGAAAUUGAAUUCAACUCAUUUAAUCCCCACUCUUCUCUACCCGUCAAGGUCAUUCCAAGUGGUAACUUGAUCCCAGGGAACAGAAUUGUUGAUACUCAAUUUUCUCAGAUGAUCGCAGGACAAGCAGGAAGCAGGGCGGUGCCAGUUAGAUAUGCGGGUCAAUACCAAACAUUUCAAGGAUUGCCUAUUACUACUACUACUACCACCUAUUCUCAUCCAAAUUACCAAAAUGUUAUGGUUGGACGAUUGGGAGGGCAGCUUGUAUAUAUGCAGCCAACUUCUCAUGAUAUGAAUCAAGUAAUGCCGCCCCAUCCAGUCCAUCUUCCUAAGCACCAAGCCCAAACAUAUCCUAUAUGCGUGACAGCUCAACCGCCUCCACUUAUGACCGGAGGGCAGCCACAGUUUGGGGUACCAAAUCACAACCCCCUUCUUCUUCAACAGCAGCCGCCUCCUUCUCUUCCUCCUUUCCAGGUUUUUCAUUCCAUUAUUCCAGGAUCAAAUGGUAUCUUUGGAACCAAGCUUCAGUAAAUAUUUCAAUCAUCUUCUUCUUCUUCCUUAUAAUAUAUGGUUUUGAUAAAAUUUUGAAAGUUUUAUUGUUGUUUAACCACCCCCAAGUUUUUGUAUUGGCCAAGUGUCUAUUUCAUUUUAUUUUAUUUUAUUUUAUUCUUUUGGUUGGUUAUUUUUGCACAGUAUGAAAAAUGAAAAGAAAAAGGAAGUUACAUGACAAAAAAGAAAGAGAGAAAGACAUUGUUAGUAUUGUGUGGUUGGUCCUUUUUAUGGAAAGGUGGUGAUGUUAUUCAUUCUAUAAAAUUUAAUCUAUUUUACUUUUUUUUAUAU